GGAAAUUGAUAACGCCAGCUUCCCAUUGACCGUCACCGUGAAGAGAGAAGACGACGUCGACGGAGCCGACGACGAUGGGGCUCGACACGCCAACGGGCUCUUAGCUCCGCUAGCAGACGGCGACGACUCUCCCGACACUGGGGCUUUACAAAUCUACUUCAACGUUCAACGAGCUCUUUCGCGGGUGUUGUGUACACGUCAGGACCUUUGAGGGGCGAUGGCGGCCUUGCCCUGGAUUUGAAGGUUCGUGACUCGAAAAGGAAGAAGAAGAAGAGUUUGCGAAUUGAAAUUCUUACUUUGCCAUUUAUAUCUCUAAUGUAUUUCUGUAUUUAUUUUAUGACAAUCGACGUUUUGAGUUUUCACGUAGUAACGUUAUGCAUUACCCCCUUUGACUGUAUUUUCAAAAAAGUUUAAAUGUUAAUAUAUAGAAUUUAAGCGGAAAUAUCCAAAUCUGUCCCUCAGAUACAUCAUCAGUCUUUGAACGAUUACAAGGAUAAACUCCACAUUCGUUAAUCUAAUUCAUUUAAAUAUGUAAUCCAACCAUUAUUAAUUAGAGUUAAUACAUGAUAUUUGCAUAUAUAAUAAGAGACUAAGUGUGCACGUAUUUGUGUAUAUUAAAAUGCGGAGAUGGAACAUUUGAAGGUUGUUUGCUUCGAGUUCCACUUUUCGUGAAUAAUGAACGCAGCGUAGACGCGUCGGAUCAAGAAAACUGAAUUUACGCUUUCAAAGCAAGCAACGACGUCAAUCUUCUUCUUCUUCUUCUUCUCUUUCGACUGUGCGACUCUCAAACGGGAGUGUUUUCGGAUAUCGCCCCCUGGAUGGGCUGCUGGCUACGUCCUGUUGUCAGAUUUCUUUGCGGGCGUCACUUUUUUUUGUCACAACUUUCAGCAGAGCCCGGAGAAAGUGCUUCGUUCAAUCUGUUCAUGCGCGACCGUCCAAACUACGAUCGAAACGUAAAAAGUCUCGCCGCGAAGUCGCGGGCGGUGAACGUCGUCGUCGUCGUCGUUGUGACGUCACGUCGGCGCUGCGCGAAGCUUCUUUUGCUUUAGCUUGCUAGCUGCGAACAAAGAGAAGCAUUCGUUGUCAUCCGCGCGUCGCUCGGAACAGACCAACCGGGUGUGGUUAUUUCUGUGGAUUAUGUGUGCAAAAAGCGUGAAAGAAGAAGAGCACGAGGAGGAAGUCUGUGGCGCAAAAGAGGACCACGAAGGACAGCGCGGGGACGCUGCUUUCUUCCACAAGCUUCGAGGUGAACCGCACAAAACAGAUGUCCGGGAAAUGGGCCCUCCUUCUGAACGGCAGCAGCCGUCGCUCGCUCGCAUCAAAGAGGAGGAGGAGCCAGAAUACGCCCACAUAAAGGAGGAAGAGCGGGAGGCCGACGCCUCCAACUUUCCGUUGACCGUUGUCAUUGUGAAGAGUGAAGAUGACGACGAUGAGGAAGAAGGCGAUGGAGAGCGAUGCGAAGGAUCCCAGGCUGACGGCCUCUUGGCUCCGCUAUCGGAGAGCGACGACAUAACGUCGCACUCGUCUGACACCAGUGACGGUGAACGCCCGAAAGGUCACAGGUCACGUCAUCGCACCCACAACGAACGCUGGAAAUGUUCUCAGUGUCAGAAGACGUUUGUCAACAAGUCGUCGUUAAAACGACACACCAGAAUACACACUGGAGAGAAACCUUUUGCCUGUUCAGUUUGUGAUAAAAGAUUUUCUGUCAAACAAAGUCUGACAAACCACAUCAGGACACACACUGGAGAUAAACCGUUUGCCUGCGCCGUUUGCGGCAAAAGGUUGAUUACAAAGGCAAGUUUAACAUAUCAUAGCAGAACACACACCAGGGAGAAUCUUUUCGCCUGUUCGCUGUGUGAUAAAGUAUUUUCUGAAAAGGGACAUUUAACAGUCCACGCAAGAACGCACACUGGAGAGAAACCGUACGCCUGCUCAAUUUGUGGAAAACGGUUCUUUCGGAAAGGACAAUUUGAAACACACUCAAGGACGCACACUGGAGAAAAACCCUUUCCCUGCUCAGUUUGCAACUUGGCUUUCAGAGAUCGCACCGUCAUGGUUCAACACAUGAAAACACACACGGGAAAGAAGCCUUUUUCUUGCUCGCUUUGCAGUAAAAGAUUUUCUAGAAAGGGAGAUUUAAGAAGACACACGAGAACGCACACCGGGGACAAACCCUUUACCUGUUCCGUUUGCAACUUGACUUACAGGGAUCGUUCAGGAUUAAAUCAGCACAUGAGAACCCACACUGGGGAGAAACCAUAUUCAUGCUCGGUUUGUGGCAAACGAUUCAAUCAAAGCGGCACUUUGACAAUACACACAAGAACGCACACUGGUGAGAAGCCGUUCAGAUGCAGUGCGUGUGAUAAACAAUUCCCACGCAAGCACCAAGUUAAGCGACACAAGUGCGCAGCUGAGAAGAGCAGUGAGAAAUGAAUCGUAAAUUCAAUUGCAGCACCGUCGUCAAAGUUUUGCUCUUUGUGAUAACUUGUAAAAGUGUAUACGUGA